AUGGGAGGGUGGAAGAUGAGUCCAGAGGGGGCCAUGGCGGUGGGCAUCAUCGUUGGACUGCUCUCGACAUGCGUUCAAUCCGUCGGUCUGACUCUACAGCGCAAGUCGCAUAUGCUCGAGGAUGAAARAGAGGACCACUUCACACGCCGACCACCCUAUCGACGACGACGAUGGCAGAUUGGGAUGAUGCUAUUUCUGGUCGCGAAUAUCGUGGGAUCCACUAUACAAAUCGUUGCAUUGCCUCUCCCUCUCCUGAGCACUCUACAAGCUUCGGGGUUGGUGUUCAACAGCAUACUAGCGAGCCUGUUGUUGAAAGAGCCUUGGACAUGGCGAACUGCAUAUGGAACGGUGCUGGUCGCCGCUGGAGCUAUAUUGAUCAGCUUGUUCUCGGCCAUGCCGGAGCCAAGCCACAAUCUGCAACAAUUGCUGCAUCUACUCGGGAUGCGUGGUUUCCUGCUAUGGUUUAUCCUAUCCUUGGUGUUCGUAUUGGCUGUUGUGAUCAUGACAUUUGUAUUGCGCAAGUGUAUUGCCAGCCACCGGAUUGAAAGUCCAAGGAUACUGCUGAUCAAUGGCAUGGCUUUUGGACUGGUUUCUGGGGUUCUCUCCGCUCACGCCCUUUUGCUGGCCAAGAGUGCCGUGGAGCUCAUCGUGCGCAGUCUGUCGCAUCAUCAGAAUCAGUUCAAGACAUUUGAGCCUUGGCUUUUGGUUUUGGCUUUCCUGUUCUUGUCGCUGUCACAGCUCUACUACCUACAUCAUGGACUAAAGCUCAUAUCGACGAGCAUUCUCUAUCCCUUUGUAUUUUGCAUCUACAACAUUGUUGCCAUCCUGGAUGGUCUGAUUUACUUCCAGCAGAUGGAUCGCCUACCUCCCUUGCAUGCAGGUCUCAUUGCUCUUGGAACGGUCCUAUUGCUUGCAGGAGUGCUUGCACUAAGCUGGAGAUUCCAGGAUGAGGAGGAUGUGGAGCAUCACAUACUCAAAUCGGAGAUCCCUCAAACAGUACUCGCGCCUGGUAUGGGUUUCGUUGGCGAUCCAGAUACAGAUACCAACGACUCAACUUCGGCAUAUUCCGACGACGAGCUUGACGAAGAGGCGGACGAGCGUACUGGUUUGAUUCGGAAAUCCGUACAACGAAGCAGUUCUUCGACGACACCGCACAAAGCUGCUCAUGUUCAUCACACUCACAACAAGCGUAGACAUCGAGCAGCGACGCUCAAAGAAGUGAAGGCGAUCUGGGAAUCAAUCGGAGACGCCGCCGAGCAAUACGGUACAUUCGAGCGGCCCACAUCAUCCACAUCCCACCCCGCAAAGCUCCCCACAGCCGUCCAACAGCGUCACCGGCGGCGUCGUCGAUCUAGUGCGGGCAAAUCUCUAAAUGUAGACAUUGCGAGCAAUGUUGAUGACCCGAUGUCCCUAGAGCGGGGCACUGGGCUAUCGCGAUCCAACACUAUGCCCGCACAAAUCAACACUCAUAGAUCGCGUAGCAGGAGGAAGAGCUCCUAUCAUGGCAGCGCGCUGUUCUCGGAUUUGUUCAAGGGUGGUUGGUGGCGGAAGAAUCGUGAUGAGAAUGACGACGAUGAACAGCGGCCUCUAAAUGCACACGACAGAGAUGCAACGAUGUGA